GGCCCAUACCCUCCUUCGUUCCACUGGCCCACUCCCGCUUUCAGAUGAUACCCGUGUAGCCAUUCAACGACCUAAUUCCUUCUGAGCCCACCGCGGCUUUUCCGAUCCUUCGCCAUGCCUCCGCGCCGAGCAGGACAGCCCUACCGCCGCAUGGGCAAGAGCGGCUCGACUUCCUACGCCCCCCGCAAAGGCCCCAAGACCAUAGACGCAUCUGCGCUCCGCAGCAGCGAAGUGACGUCGCAAAAUGAGAAACUCGAAGCCACCCGGCUGGCCCACAGCAUCGACGAGUCCAUGGGCUUUUCGCGCUACGAAUCCGGCAAGAAGAAAAUCGGCUGGCUUAUAAACAUGCACAGCACCACAAUUGAAGACGAAAACAUACCGGGCGGGCGCGCUGGAGUCGACUUUUACUUCAUUGGAGACGACGACAACUACUUCAAAGCCACCGUGGGCUAUGAUCCAUAUUUUCUGGUGGCCGCCAAGCGAGGGAAGGAAGCGGACGUAGAGGAGUGGUGUAAAAGAGCAUUCGAAGGCUUGGUCAAGGGCGUCAGCAAGGUGGAAAAGGAAGACCUUCAAAUGCCCAAUCACCUCCUAGGCUACCGGCGGACCUUCCUCAAGCUCUCUUUCUUCAACGUUUCCGACCUUUUGAGCGUACGGAAAACGCUUCUACCAAUCGCGGAGAAGAACAAGAAAAAGAUGAAUGCAAUGGACACAUAUGCGGAGGUUGCGAGCGCCAAUGCUGGCUUUGACAUUUUUGACGACGAAGAUUACGAGACACGACCUAAUGGAUUCAUUGACGCGAGUGAUUUUAUUGUUGAUAUUCGAGAGUACGACGUACCAUACCAUGUCCGAGUUGCGAUUGACAAAGACAUUCGCAUUGGAAAGUGGUACACGGUGGAAGCAAAGCACGGCACGACAACCUUGACGUGCAUCGAAGAGCGCCUUACUCGUGCCGAUCCCGUUGUCAUGGCUUACGAUAUUGAGACGACGAAGCUCCCGCUAAAGUUCCCCGACGCAUCAAUUGACCAAAUCAUGAUGAUUUCAUACAUGAUCGAUGGCCAAGGGUUUCUGAUCACCAACAGAGAAAUAGUAUCGGAAGAUAUUUCUGAUUUCGAAUACACUCCAAGGCCGGAAUACGAUGGACCCUUCAUGAUCUUCAACGAGCCAGACGAAAAGGCCUGCAUAGAACGUUUUUUCGAACACAUUAAAGAAGCCAGACCAACCGUCAUGGUCACUUACAACGGUGACUUUUUCGAUUGGCCUUUCGUUGAAGCCAGAGCAAGUGUCUUGGGCAUCGAUAUGUACCAAGAAAUUGGUUUCCGGAAAAACAGCGAAGACAUCUACCAGUCAGAUCACUGUUGUCAUAUCGAUGCUUUCGCAUGGGUCAACCGUGAUUCCUACCUGCCUCAAGGAAGUCGAGGCCUGAAAGCCGUCACUGUUGCUAAGCUUGGAUACGACCCCGAUGAACUGGAUCCUGAACUCAUGACACCAUACGCAGCAGAGAGGCCACAGAUUCUUGCAGAAUACUCAGUAUCUGAUGCGGUUGCAACGUACUAUCUGUACAUGAAAUACGUGCAUCCCUUCAUUUUCUCCCUAUGUACCAUCAUUCCACUCGGCCCCGAUGAUACUCUCCGCAAAGGCACGGGUACUCUCUGCGAGAUGUUGCUGAUGGUCCAGGCCUACCAAAAAGGUAUCGUCCUGCCGAACAAGCACGUGGCGCCUAAGGAAGCUUUUUGGGACGGACACCUUUUGGAGUCCGAAACGUACGUCGGUGGUCACGUCGAGAGUAUUGAAGCAGGUGUUUUCCGAAGCGAUAUCCCCUGUAACUUUGCGCUUGACUCAGCGGCCUUUGAUGAACUGAUCAGAGACCUGGACGCGGCCUUGACAUUCAGCAUAACAGUCGAAGAAAAGAAGUCUAUGGAUGAUGUCCUCAACUACGACGAAGUCAAGGCACAAAUCACCGAAAAGCUACUCCAACUGAGAGACACACCCAACAGAAGCGAAAGGCCAUUCAUUUACCACUUGGAUGUUGCGUCCAUGUAUCCAAACAUCAUGACAACCAACCGUCUUCAGCCGGAUUCCAUGAUCAGUGAGGCUGACUGUGCAGCUUGCGACUUCAACCGACCGGGCAAGACCUGCGACCGACGUAUGCCUUGGGCAUGGAGAGGAGAAUUCUUGCCAGCGAAACGGGACGAAUACAACAUGAUUCGCAAUGCCCUCGAGAAUGAAAGAUUCCCUGAUCGCAACCCUAAUGGAGCGAGUAGAACUUUCCACGAGCUCCCCGCCGACGAACAAGCAACUCUUGUCAAGAAACGUCUGCAAGACUAUAGUAAAAAGAUCUACCACAAAAUCCACGACGCUCGAACGAUAGAACGAGAGGCCAUCAUCUGUCAGCGCGAGAACCCUUUCUACGUGGACACUGUCAAGGAUUUCCGUGACCGCCGUUACGAUUUCAAAGGCAAACAGAAGGUUUGGAAGGGCAAGACCGACGCGUUGAAGGCGUCCGGCGCCAGCGCCUCGGAGGUAGAUGAAGCCAAGAAGAUGAUUAUUCUUUUCGACUCGCUGCAGCUGGCCCACAAAGUCAUUUUGAACAGUUUCUACGGCUACGUCAUGCGAAAAGGCUCUCGUUGGUAUUCUUUGGAAAUGGCCGGUGUUACUUGCUUAACGGGUGCGAGAAUCAUCCAGAUGGCGCGUCAGCUGGUUGAACGGAUAGGCCGACCCCUGGAACUCGAUACCGAUGGUAUUUGGUGUAUUCUCCCAUCGACCUUCCCCGAAAACUUCGCUUUCAAGCUGAAGAAUGGGAAGAAGCUCACAAUUUCGUACCCUUGCGUCAUGUUGAACCACCUGGUUCAUGAUGGGUUCACUAACCAUCAGUACCAGACUUUGGUUGAUACGCAGACGCUGCGCUAUGAGACUCAUAGCGACAAUACCAUCUUCUUCGAGGUUGACGGCCCGUACAAGGCCAUGAUUCUGCCUACUUCUAAGGAAGAAGACAAGAAUUUGAAGAAGCGUUAUGCUGUCUUUAACCAUGACGGCAGUCUUGCUGAGUUGAAGGGUUUCGAAGUCAAGAGGAGGGGUGAGCUCAAGCUUAUCAAAAUCUUCCAGACGCAAAUCUUCAAGUUCUUCCUCGAGGGAACCACUCUGGCGGAGACCUAUGCGGCUGUCGCCAAGGUUGCUAACCAGUGGCUAGAUGUCCUGCACUCGCAUGGUACCACUCUGGCAGACGAAGAGCUGAUUGAACUCAUUUGCGAGAACAAGAGCAUGACCAAGACACUUGAAGAGUAUGGUGCACAGAAAUCUACCGCCAUCACCACCGCCAAGCGUCUCGCAGAGUUCUUGGGUGAGCAGAUGAUCAAAGACAAGGGAUUGAACUGCAAGUACAUUAUAUCUUCGCUACCAAGGAAUGCUCCGGUCACAGAACGCGCUAUUCCUGUGGCCAUUUUCUCGGCAGAAGAGCCCGUAAAGAAGUACUUCUUGCGGAGAUGGCUCAAGGGAGAUCCUGGUGAUAUGGACCCGAGGACCCUUCUUGACUGGAAUUACUACCUGGAGCGAUUGGGCUCUGUCAUUCAGAAGCUCAUUACCAUUCCGGCAGCUCUUCAAAAGAUCAGGAACCCGGUACCCAGAGUGCCUCACCCCGACUGGUUGGAAAGGAGAAUCCGGAUAAAGGACGAUGUCUUCAAGCAGAAGAAAAUGACGGACAUGUUCGACAAGAAGGCUCUCGGCGACAUCGAUGCCAACAUCGUCACGAAAAAGGUCGUAGACUUGGAAGAUUACGGGUCUACCCAAGUCGACAAGCCUAAGAAGGGCAUGGUCACUAAGAUGGUCCAAAAGCGGAAAGCCACUGAACCGACAACGCCGGCGCAGACGGAUCCAUACGCAGCUUUACCUCCAAAGAUGCCUUCCAUCACUGAGGACUACCCGGCAUGGCUUCAGUACCAGAAGCAAAAGUGGAAGAUUCAAAAGCAACAAAGGAUCAGAAGACGCCAACUUUUCGGAGAGAAGCGUACUGAUGCUGCAGACGGACUCGGAAGCUUCUUCAGAAAUCAGGCAGAACUGCUUUACAUCAGCACGUGGCAGCUCUUGCAGCUGCGUGAGGGUGAACUGCCCGGAGAAGUCAGGGCCUUCGUCCUAAUUGACAAGAAGAUUCACACCUUGAAGAUCAUCGUUCCCCGGCAAGUCUACCUCAACCUGCGGAGCAACGAUCUACCGGACGUGGAAAUUCCAGGCUGCAGUGUGGAAAAGGUCGUCAAUCAUACCUUGCCGAACGGACAUCCUUCGGUGCAUCUCUUCAAGCUCACUAUGCCCGAGCAGACAUACGUCAACGAAGCGAAGAAGCUAACAAUUUUGUUCAACCACCCAAGUGUUGAAGGCGUGUACGAGACUCGGGUGCCCCUCAACAUUCGCGCUGUGCUGGAGCUGGGCAGCAUCUGUACCUUUGACGAAAGCCAGCGCGGUGUUCUAGGCAAGGGUCUCGAGCAAGGCUUCGACUUGUCCGCCCUCUGCCGUGUGCCAACCAAGCAACCCUAUCUUUCUUCGAACCCGCUGGGCUAUCUGUAUCUGCACCACGUCAUUGCCGGCGACCGCCAAAUCUUCGCCAUCUUUUCUAGCAGCAAGGACCAAGCCCAUAUCGUCGUUCUGAACAAGUCGAGAGACAUACAGGGUUUGCCAAACCUGGACAAGAUCUACAAGGAGCACUUCGCUGUACGCAUGGAAGAGAGCGGUGGCGAGCAGUGGCAAGAGACGUUCGAGUACCAGAGCAACAUUCACUUCAAGACUGUUCAGGUCACCACGAAAAGGAAAGCGCACCUUGAAGUGGCAGAUGCGAUCAAGAAGAUGCGACAAGACGAGAACAGGCCCCUCAUUGCUGUGGUUCGGGCGGAAAACCAGAGGAUGCUGGCGCACGACAUCCCGGCGCUUAAGGAUCUUCCAGUUCUACCAUUGCAAGCCGAUGAAGCAGACAAGCAUCUGCCACCUCUAGGCUGGCAGUCAUUUGUCGCCAGACGGCUCGUUGACCACUAUCUCGACCUCGGCACGUGGAUCGCACAUCUUGUCGGACUUGCUCGCUACGGUGACCUCCCGCUCUGCAAUCUGGAGCGCGACGACCCGCGUUUCCUCAUCGACAUCGCGUAUGCCCGACGAUUGCAAAAGGAGAAGGUUGUGCUCUGGUGGUCAGACGGUCCGAAGCCAGAUCACGCUGGCUAUGAAAAGGACGAUGUCAUGGGCGCGCUGGAGACUGUUGAGAUGCCCUCAAUCAACAACCCAGGAACUUACUCAUCCGUUUGUAUCGACUUGGAGAUCAAGAACCUUGCCAUCAGCACUGUUCUCUCUUCUUCAAUCAUCAACGAAGCUGAGGGUUCAGAUUCCGUGUCGUUCAAUCCCGCAGCGCCCACGGAUAAUGGGCCAAGCGAUGGAUCCAACGUCAUAUACGCAGAGAACGCCUUUGCCUCUGCAGGUAUUCUGGUCCUCCGGGAAAUGGUCAAGGCCUGGUGGGCUGAGGCUGAGAAGGGAGGUUACAUGGCAGAUGUCAUGGUUCAGCAUCUCGUCCGCUGGGUCGAGUGUCCGGGCUCGUUCCUUUAUGACCGAGCACUGCACUACUACGUGCAAAUGAUGUCACGCAAGGCUCUCCAGCAGCUGAUGACAGACUUUCGUCGGGUGGGAUCACACGUGGUGUUUGCCAGCGCCAACCGUUUGUUGCUCCAGACGACCAAGGCCGAAGUUGGCAAUGCCUACGCCUACAGCCAAUAUAUCUUGAAGACCGUGCACGCAAAGCCGCUCUUCCAGUCUCUGGACAUUCAAAUCAAGGAGUACUGGGACUAUCUCGCCUGGUACGACGAGUUCAACUACGGUGGCAAGGGCUGUCGUGAGGUCGUGGAGGCGGAGAAUCAGACGCUAGACACGAUCAUGUGCUGGCAGUUUGCAACGUUCCUGCCCGCCAACCUCCAGCCCGUAUUCAACGACUGGAUCGUCGAGUUCAUCGACCUGAUGCACGCGCGGAAGCGGCCUCAGCCCACGCUCAACGAAGACGGUACGGAGUCGACGCCGCGACUGACGCAGCUGCCCUUCAAGCCCAUGACCGUGGACGCCACAGACGGCGUGCCGACGCAAGCACUGCCCAAGACCUUCACGAAGCCACUAACCAAGCAAAUGGCGACGCUUCUGCGCCGGCAGCACCAGGAACUGCUACACCCAGAGCUCGCAGCCGACCACCUCUUCCCCGUGCUGCCGGGCUCGCACCUGAAGCUGGAGAACCCGGCGCUGCAGCUCGUCAAGUCCAUCAUGCAGGUGCUAAGUCUAGACAAGAGCAUCAAUCUCGAGGUGCGGCUACUGCGCAAGGAGCUGCUCAAGCUGUUCGACGUGCGCGAAUUCAGCGCCGCGGCCGCGUUUGUCAACCCCAGCGCGAGUCUCUGGGUGCGCGGCCUCGUGUGCGACGACUGCACGGCCAUGCGCGACGUCGACCUGUGCCGGGACGCGGAGCUGCUGCUGGGGCCUGGUGGUGGGAACGGGAGUGAGCAGCAGCCUGUCAAGUGGCGCUGCACGAAUUGCAACGCCGCGUAUGACCUCCUAAGAAUCGAGGAGCGCUUGCUCGCUGGCGUGCAGCAGCUGGCGCUGGCGUGGUGCUCGCAGGACGUCAAGUGCGCGAAGUGCGCCCGCUUGCGCGCAAACGAGUUCAUGGAACAUUGUGCUUGUGCGGGCGAGUGGGUGCCUACGAAGAAGAGGGAGGAGGUCGUGGAUCGGUUGGAGGUGCUGGGGAAUGUGGCACGGUUUUAUCGGUUUGGUAUGUUGGGGGCGGUGGUGGAGGAGGCGGUUGCGGGGCUGUGA